AUGCAGUGCUUCGGCGCGGAGUACCAGGUUUCUGCAGAAAGGACUCCCAGACAAAGAGCAUGGCGACCCCAGAUUUAUAGGAAAUGCACAGAUAAGACAUGGUUAUACCUAUUCUUUGCCUUUUGGACUGGUCUGAUGUUCAUCAUGGGCUACUCGGUGGUAGCUGGAGCCACAGGAAGACUCCUUUUCGGCUACGACAGCUUUGGCAAUGUGUGUGGCAAGAAGAACUCUCCAGUGGAAGGGGCUCCUCUUUCAGGGCUGGACAUGACCCUCAAAAAACAUGUAUUCUUUAUGAAUUCCUGCAACCUGGAUGUCAAAGAUGUUAGGCUCAAUUCCAUUGUCCUCUGCAUAUCCAGCUGCCCGGAAGAACAGCUUGACACCCUGGAAGAGAUCCAGCUCUUUGCCAACAACAGUGGGUCCUUCCUAUGUGUUUAUAGUUUGGAUUCCUUCAACUAUACUCAGAAUCCAAAUGCUGAUUCACUGUGCCCCAGGCUACCUGUUCCUCCAAGCAAGUCUUUUCCCUUGUUUAACCGAUGCAUCCCUCAAACGCCUGAAUGCUAUUCCCAGUUUGCAUCUGUUUUGAUAAAUGAUGUUGACACCCUGCAUCGAAUUCUAAGUGGAAUAAUGUCAGGAAGAGACACAGUCCUUGGCCUAUGUAUCCUCGCAUUAGUCUUGUCUUUGGCCACGAUGUUCACCUUCCGAUACAUCUCCACGCUGCUGGUUCACAUUUUCAUUGCACUGGUUAUUCUGGGAUUGUUGUUUGUCUGCGGUGUUUUAUGGUGGCUGUAUUACGACUAUACCAAUGACCUCAGCAUAGAAUUGGAUACAGAAAGGGAAAAUAUGAAGUGUCUGCUGGGGUUUGCUGUUGUAUCUGCAGUUAUCACGGUGGUUCUGCUCAUUCUGAUUUUUGUCCUCAGAAAGAGAAUAAAAUUGACAGUUGAGCUUUUCCAAGUCAUAAACAAAGCCAUCAGCAGCUCCCCCUUCCUGCUGCUCCAGCCACUGUGGACAUUCGCCAUCCUCAUUUUCUUCUGGGUCCUCUGGGUGGCUGUGCUGCUCAGCCUGGGAACUGCAGGAGCUGCCCAGGUCAUUGAAGGUGGCCAAGUGGAAUAUAAGCCUCUUUCAGGCAUUCGGUAUAUGUGGUGGUACCAUUUGAUCGGCCUCAUCUGGACGAGCGAAUUCAUCCUCGCAUGCCAGCAAAUGACUAUCACUGGGGCCGUAGUCACUUGUUACUUCAACAGAAAUAAAAAUGACCCUCCCGUUCAUCCGAUCCUUUCGUCUCUCUCAGUUCUUUGUUGCUACCAUCAAGGAACAGUCAUAAAAGGCUCAUUUUUAAUCACUGUGGUGAGGAUUCCAAGAACCAUUCUCGUUUAUGUUUAUAACAUUCUGAAAGAGAAGCGUAAUGCAUGGUCAACGUGUGUAUUCAGGUGCUGCUUCUGCUGUUUCUGGUGUCUUGACAAUUGCCUGCGCCAUCUCAACCAGAAUGCAUAUACUACGACUGCCAUUAAUGGUACCGAUUUUUGCACAUCAGCAAAAGAUGCACUCAAAAUGCUAUCCAAGAAUUCAAGUCAUUUCACAUCCAUUAACUGCUUUGGAGACUUCAUAAUUUUUCUAGGAAAGGUGUUGGUGGUGUGUUUCACUGUUUUUGGAGGACUGAUGGCAUUUAACUACAACCGUGCACUCCAGGUGUGGACAAUUCCUCUGUUGCUGGUGGCUUUUUUUGCCUACUUCACAGCCCAUAGUUUUUUAUCUGUGUUUGAAACUGUGUUGGAUACCCUUUUCCUGUGUUUUGUUGUUGACCUGGAAACAAAUGAUGGAUCAUCCGAAAAGCCCUAUUUUAUGGACCAAGAGUUUUUGAGUUUUGUAAAAAGGAUCAACAAGCUAAGUGAUGCAAGAGCACAAAAAGAUGAGAACUCAUUAAGGAAUGAAGAAGGAACAGAACUCCGGCCCACUGUGCAAUAG